AUGAAUGCCCCUGAUAGAUUUGAGCUCUUUAUAUUACCCGAGGGUGUUUCUAAAAUUGAAAUAUCUCCAGAUCCGCGUAUGCCUAAUGCUGCUAUUAUAAAAUUUGAACGUGAAGAUCAUACCCUGGGUAAUCUCUUGCGCUCCCAGCUUUUACAAGACUCCCGUGUUCUUUUUGCAGCUUACAAGGUUCCUCAUCCUUUAUUCCCAAAUUUUUUAAUGCGAAUUCAAACAGAAGAAGGAUACUCCCCUAAAGAAGCUCUGAAAAAUGCAUGUCAAGCUGUUAUUCAUCAGCUUGGCUUACUUUCAAAAAGAUUCAAAGAAGAGUGGGAUCUUAAGGCUAUGAUUGGUGAGCCUGAGGAAAUAUAA